AUGCCGCUUUCACCAAGUAAAAACCCAUACACAGAUAGAUUAUCUCCAAAAAUUAAAUCUCCAAAUAUAAAUUCUCCAAUUAGAAAUUCAAAAAUAAUUCCAAAGUCGCCUAUGCAAUCCCCAACAAUAUUAGCAAGUCCUCUUCAUAAAGUACAAAUAAGAAAAGAUAUUCCUGAGUCUCCUUUUAUUUAUUUACAAGUUGAAAAUAUCCCAGCAGAUUUUUAUCAAUUUCCUUUAGAUUUAUCACCUACAAAUAUCAUUGGAAUGACAAGUGGCUUACAGCCAUUCCUGUUUUCACUUGAUUCCAAGCAAUCUCUGAAAUGUUUCUAUAAAAUUCAUAACUGCCGAAGUUUGAAGUUUAAUUCAGAUGGAAACCAGCUUAUAAUCGGUACAGCAAACGGGAAAAUAUCAAUAGGAGAUAUCGAAAAUAAUAAAUUUUUAUAUACUUUGAACAUCAGCAGAUGCUUUAUCAACGCCGUUGAUGAAUGCAAAGGACUUAUAUCUACGGCCAACUCUGACGGCACUUUUUCACUGAUAGAUAGUCGAGAUUCACAAAAAAUUAUUUUAAAAAAAAUUGAUGAAGUAUCAUCAGUAAGAACAAAGUUUAAUCCGAGCGGAAAUCAAAUAUGUACAACAGCAGAAAACCCUGGCGUAAAAAUUUGGGAUAUUCGGAAUUUAAACACUCCUUUUUGCGAAUACAAUGAAGGAAAGUCACUUGUACGCGCUCUAGACUGGAACUACGAAAAUCAGAACUUGAUGGCGGUCGGCGGAGGCCUAAAUGAUCGAAAGAUAAGAAUAUUUGAUAUAAAUAACGGAAAAACGAUCAAUUCCGCCGAUAUCGGUUCGCAAGUAUGCAAUAUAUUCUGGAAUUGCAAGUAUAAUGAGCUUUUAGUAACUCAUGGCUUCAGUAGUUGCGCAAUUUCGCUUUGGAGCGUUUCAAAUAUGAAGAAUAUAUCAUCUAUUAACGUUUUCCAUGAUAGAGUGAUUUAUGCAGCGAUUUCCCAUGAUAAAAGUAUGGUUGCUUUGGCAUCUCCAAAAGAUCCAUUAAUGGUAUGGAAACUCUUCCCCAAUAGUGAAUCGAAAACUAAUAUAUCAAGUAACUACAUUAGAUAA